AUGAGGAGGUAUUUCUUCAUAGUUUUGGCAGCUACUUUGAAGCUGUUUUCUACCUCGAGUAUAACGGUCGACUGGUCUUCGAAAACCAUACCUGACGCGGUCACAUACAUACUCGACUAUGCACCCGCGGUAGGUAGCCCUCCAGCGGGUUCAGCACUUGAGAGGACCGCUACAAAAGUGCUGAUCAAGGAUACAAUGCCUGCAUGUGAAUAUACGAUUUAUUUGUCUGCUAUAAUGCCUGAUGGGAAGAGAUCGUUGGUCCUGGAGGAUUUAUUCUAUAGCAGCCCUGAUCCACCAAUCCUGGAUUCCAUAGAAACUACCAAGCAUGAGGCAACAAUCUCGUAUUUCCCGCCAAAAGAAACCAAUGUUACAUUCCAUAUAGAGUAUUAUCCCGAAGAACAACCAGAAUAUGCCAAUAUGAUUGACACGAAAGCAUCGCUGGUGAAAUUACGGGGCCUAGAUUCCGGCACGGCGUUUCGAAUAAAGAUUAGGUCAAUCUACAAUGGAGUGCCAUCAACAGAGAUAAUCGAAACGAGCUUUCAAACAGAUGGAACGCCGGAUUACGACUACUCCUACUCUGGUGAGGUAUUCACUGUCCAAACCUUACCACCUGGUUUAAAUCUCGCAACUGUGGAACCCAAUGAAUAUGAUGAACUCGAGGACUCUAACAAGAAUGUAAUUAUAACAGUACCACCACCGAAACCUACAAGUCGGCCUGAAACUAUAAACAAAGAUCUGGCAACGCCCAUAACCACGCCCACGACCACGCCCACAACAACUACAGUGCAGGUUUUUGAUAUGGCGGCGGAACCGAGUUUGAUUUUAACCUCUGAACUGACUACAUCAGCACCUAUAAUAAGUCCUUCGACACUAUCUACUCAAAAACCAAAAAAGAAUCAUGGCCUCAACUCUGGAAGUUCCGUCAGCUCUAGAAAAGCUGUGAGUGGUGACGAAAGUGAUGCUAUGUCCAUACAGUCAAUAAUCGAAAAGCCAAAAGAGGUCGUUGUUGAAACGGGAGAUGACGGCAGUGAGAAUUACGAGGCCCUACCCGUUCAAAAGAUGAUUUCUGAGUUUGGAGAACCCACUUCGAUUAUAAUGAGCCCCAUGGAGGACAAAAUAAGGCUGGACUGGUCAGUGCCCGAGGGGUCGCUAUGUGAAGCUUUUUUCGUCAAUUAUACCAUACUAACGUUAACUCGUCCGAAAUCAUAUUCCGUCGCUACAGGAGACGAAUAUACUAUAAUUAAGUUCUUUUCAAACCACACCCUCGAUAUUCGAGUUUUCUGUAUGAUAGGAGGUGCAUUGUCAAAAACCUGGUGGGCUCAUCGUAUCGCAGAUCUUUCAGUUCCACUACCUAUACAAAGCAUGCGGGUGCUUUCGUCCGAAACGGACGAGUUCUACGUUUCACGGAUAUUGGUCGACUGGUUUUGGCCAGCUUAUCAUAACUUCGAUCUCUACACAAUCGUUAUAUCGUAUGGUAUAGGAAAGAGUAAUGGCAAGGAGAUAAAAGUGUAUGAGCCGGGUCCAGUGCUGCUAGACAAGCUGGAACCUUCGCAAACUUACCAUAUCGCUGUCAGAAACGAAUCAGUUGAACUGGAACUUAAAUCUAAGCCGACUGAGAUUGAAAGAAUUACACCUCCAUUAAUCUCUUCCAUGAUUUCACCGGGGAAAAUCACAUCUACUUCAAUCAACGUCAACUUCGAGGAGUCGGAUCUCGAUCAAGGUCGAUUCGAUUAUUACGAGCUGGUCUUCACCGGGAACAACAAAAACAUUACGAAGAAGAUAGAGAUCAAUCAGGACAAAUCUCUAACUUUCACGAAGCUUAUUCCUGGCAAAACAUACGACUUUUCAUUGUAUACCGUAUACAAAGGAAAACGAAGUCGUCCCGUGACCGAAGCCAUUACAACAUACCCACUGAAGGUUACCGAGCUUCUACCAGUUGUUGGCCGAGAAUAUGUGGUUCUAUACUGGGAUGUCGAGAACUUUGCCGACAGUGAUGUUCGAUUUCGACUGAGUUACAACGCUGACAAAAUACCUACCGUAUCUGUCGAGUUGAAAGGUGGUAGCCGUCAUCGUUUCUCCAAUCUUCAAACGGAUGUUUACUAUACCUUUACGAUUACGGUAAUCAUGGGUACAGGAAAGGCUGCAGCCGAGAGUGAAAGCGAAAUGAUUACUGUUUACGUUCCUAAAGCAGCCCGACUAUCGCCAUCGCUAGUGAGACUUGGGAGUCGCGAGCUCAAAGUGUCUUUCGAAAACGAUCAGCAGGUCUUCUCCCCUCUAAAUGGUGAUAUCAGCAAUAUUGCCGUGAUAGUCACUGAUGACACUGAGCUUAACGACGAUAUUUACGAGCUGAAGUCAUGGUUUGAGGUCCGAGAGGAGGAAACUUGGGGGUCAUACAGAGCUUCACCUUCGGACUGGAAUCCAUUUACUCGCAACGUUCGAAAUACCUCUUUCACUAUUGGCAGUGACGACUGCGUACGACGCAGUCUCGAUGAGCCGUACUGUAAUGGUAUACUUCGUGCGAACACUGACUACAAGGUGAAGAUUCGCGCUUAUAUGCAAAACAAGAUAGCAAUGGAAAGCGACUGGAUCAUAAUCGACGGAACUGAAGAAGCAAAUAGCGAGGAGGACGACAAAUACGAACGGCGGCAUCCUUGCCAUAUGUAUCUCAACGGCUGUCCCAGGAAAUCAACUCUGCGAAUGGGGCAAUCACUUAUUUGGUUGUGGGCUAUUACUGUAGCGAUGCGGUUACUGUAG